GCGACUCCGUGCUAACCAAUAGAUUCAUGGUGCUAACACCAGGGACUGCACAACACAAGCGUUUCACAUCAAAAACACCGAGUUUACAUCAAAUUCAUCUGAUUUUCGGAUCAACGCCACCGUCACUAUGAACCUGGAGCUGCUCGAAUCGUUCGGGCAGAACUAUCCAGAGGAAGCGGAUGGCACUCUGGACUGUAUCAGUAUGGCUCUCACCUGCACCUUUAACCGCUGGGGCACCCUGCUGGCUGUGGGCUGUAACGACGGCCGCAUCGUCAUCUGGGAUUUUCUAACUCGCGGCAUUGCCAAAAUCAUCAGUGCCCACAUUCACCCGGUCUGCUCCCUGUGUUGGAGCAGAGAUGGACAUAAACUGGUGAGUGCGUCCACAGACAACAUCGUGUCUCAGUGGGAUGUUCUGACUGGAGACUGUGACCAAAGAUUUCGCUUCCCCUCCCCGAUCCUCAAACUGCAGUGUCACCCAAGGGAUAUGGACAAAGUUCUGGUGUGUCCGAUGAAGUCCGCCCCAGUCCUCCUCACGCUCUCCGACUCCAAACACGUGGUUCUGCCAGUGGACGACGACUCAGACCUCAACGUGGUAGCAGCGUUUGAUCGUAGAGGAGAAUACAUCUAUACAGGAAACGCCAAAGGAAAGAUUUUGGUGUUAAAGACAAACACUCAGGAGAUGAUGGCCUCCUUCAGAGUGACCACAGGAACCAGCAACACCACAGCCAUCAAGUCCAUCGAGUUUGCACGCAAAGGAAGUUGUUUCUUGAUAAAUACGGCUGACAGAAUCAUCCGCGUGUACGAUGGCAGAGAGAUUCUGACCUGUGGCAGAGACGGAGAACCAGAGCCAAUGCAGAAACUACAGGACCUAGUCAACAGAACUCCGUGGAAGCGUUGCUGCUUCUCUGGAGAUGGAGAAUACAUUGUGGCAGGUUCAGCCCGACAGCAUGCGCUCUACAUUUGGGAGAAAAGCAUCGGAAACCUGGUGAAGAUCCUCCAUGGGACCAGAGGAGAGCUGCUGCUGGACGUGGCUUGGCAUCCUGUGCGUCCGAUCAUCGCUUCCAUCUCCAGUGGAGUGGUGUCCAUCUGGGCCCAGAACCAAGUGGAGAACUGGAGUGCGUUUGCUCCAGAUUUUAAAGAAUUGGACGAGAACGUGGAGUACGAGGAGAGGGAGUCUGAGUUCGACAUCGAGGACGAAGACAAAAGCGAACCGGAACAGACUGGAGGGGAUGCUGCAGAGGACGAGGAGGUGGACGUGACCUCAGUUGACCCCAUUGUGGCCUUCUGCAGCAGUGACGAGGAGCUGGAGGACUCACGGGCGCUCUUGUACCUGCCCAUCGCUCCGGAGGUGGAGGACCCAGAGGAAAACCCGUAUGGCCCCCCUCCCGAUGCUCAGGCUCAGACAGCUCCAGAUGAUGCACCAGGAGACAAGAAACAGAAGCAGAGCAGCACAGACCCUCCAGCCAAAAAGAAAGCCCGUACUACCACCAUCGAGCUACAGGGGGUGCCCAACGACGAAGUGCACCCCCUGCUGGGCGUUAAGGGCGACAGUAAAUCGAAGAAGAAGACGGCGGGGCGACCCAAAGGCUCCAAAGGUAAAGACAGAGAGUUUGUGCGCUCCAAGGCGUUCAGAGACAGAGCCGUAUUUCCUCUGGAGCCUGUGGGGGGCACAGCGGGGGCCCACAUCAGCGCGGGGCUCAAGGGCAGGGCAGAGGGCCUGGCUCCAGGUGGUCUUUCUCAAUCAUACAAGCAGCAUGACCUUGGAGGCCUGGACUAGACCAGGACUGAACCGGGUCUGGACUAAACCUGGUCUGGACCAGUUUUGGACUGAUACAGAGGACGAGCUGUGAUGGACUUAUUCAAACUGGACUGAACUGUAAUUCGUUGCGGAGGAGGAGGAGGCUGAGAGGAGGACUGUAAAAUACUGUGUGUGUCAGUGUUGUGUUUUUAUAUUAAACUUUACUGUUUCUAAAUAAAUGACUAAAU